AUGUUUAAGGGCAAGAUCUUCACGACCAUCAUGACCAAAUUCUUUAAUGCCGCUGAAGACGCGGGGGUGUCUGGAUCAUGGGUCGGCACCUUCCCUCUAAUUUAUGUUCGAGAUCCUUCUAUAUUUCACCAGAUAUUCGUCACCAAUGCCGACAGCAUUACUCGCGUUGGGCCUCAGCGCAACGGCCCUUUCGGAAUCUUGCACCGGGUUGCGGGUGAUAUCGCCAUUACAGCAGAUGGUGAUGAUUGGCGACGUUGGAGAAGGAGCUUGCUGAUCGACUUUUAUAACCAUGCAUCGCUAAGGGAGUCGUACGAGGGCAUCUUCGACAUUGCUCAACGGUACGUUCUGAGAAUGCUCGAUGGCAUGACCGGUCCCGACCUUCGAAAAGUAUUGAGAGAGUAUGCACUCGAUACAGUGUGGUAUGUGGCAAUCGGAGUAGAUGAUGCAUCAUCGUCGUCCGACCAACUCCUCAGUCCUCUUCCGCGUUUUCUCAAUAUUGUUGGUAAUGCCACUCACCUAUAUUGGCAUGCUCUGAGAAACUGUCUCCGCGCCAAGCCCUUUCGAGAGCCAGACGCAAUCGAAAGCAAACUUCGACACGAUAUCGACGAUGUGAUCAAAGAAUUCUUGGUGAAACACUUUGAGAGCCCUUCCGAAAAGAAACUUGGAGAAAGCCGACGUAGCUUCCUACAAAAGAUUUCUCAGGAGUCUGGUGGAACAAAAGAGAACCCAUUUACAGACGAUGUGCUGUCCCAGGCGCGUCAAGUCUACACUUUUGGGCUUGAAGGAUCCGAAUUGAUCUUGUUUUGGGCAAUUUACCAACUAAGCCAGCAUCCGGAGCUUGUGAAAAGGCUCAGAAAAGAGCUCCAUGGCAAGGCGAGUAGCUCAUCGAAUCUCACAUAUGACGACAUCUGCACAAUCCCUUUCAUGGAUGCGGUUGUCACCGAGCUACUUCGCCUCCACCCUCCUGUGUCCACGACGGCUCGAAUAGUGACGAAACCGAUCGUCAUUCAAACAAAAACCGGCGAGCCCGUCGUUCUACCUCAAGGGACUCAGAUUUUGUCAUCUAUCCGUUUGCUACAUUAUGAUACGCAAGUCUGGGGUUCAGACGCCAGUCAGUUUUGUCCGGACAGAUGGCUUGGCCAACGCAGGAACGCCAUGGAGAAUCACUGUCAGUAUCUUCCAUUCCUGACAGGUCCGAGAGGCUGCCCAUGCUCUGGUUUCGUGUUGCUACAGCUCAAAGUCAUGCUUGCUGUGUUGCUCUUUGACUCGGAUAUUAUACUACCUCAAUGUGGAGACUUGGAAACAAAUUAUGGUGCCAUUAUUGAACCGACCAAAGAUGUCAGAUAUGAAGUAAAGUAG